CUCUAUUUCCUAAGAGAAGCAAUGGCUUUCUUUGUCUCUGUCCUUGGUUUUGCCAUGGUCUUCCUCCCUCUCUUUGCAGCUUCCUCUGCUGAUCUUUCUUCAACUUUUUACUCGUCUUCGUGUCCAAAAGCCCUCUACACCAUUCAAACCGCAGUGAAAGCUGCAGUUAAGAAGGAAGCUCGCAUGGGCGCCUCCUUACUUCGCUUGCAUUUCCAUGAUUGUUUUGUCAAUGGCUGCGAUGGGUCUAUACUAUUGGAUGACAACUCCACCUUCACAGGGGAGAAAACUGCAACGGGAAACGUAAAUUCAGUGAGAGGUUUCGAUGUGGUCGACGACAUCAAAUCGAAAGUGGAAGCUGUCUGCCCUGGCGUCGUCUCCUGUGCCGAUAUCUUGGCCGUAGCAGCACGUGACUCUGUUGUUUGCUUUGGUGGGCCAACAUGGACUGUGUUAUUAGGGAGGAGAGAUUCAACAACUGCUAGUCUAAGUGCAGCCAACUCAAACAUUCCUUCACCUACCUCAAGUCUCAGUAAUCUCAUCACCAGUUUCUCAAACCAGGGGCUAAGCCGCAGCGAGAUGGUCGCUCUUUCAGGUUCUCACACAAUUGGUCAAGCUCGGUGCACUAGUUUCAGGGCUCACAUUUACAAUGAGACCAACAUAGAGUCAACCUUCUCUACAUCUUUGCAAUCCGACUGCCCAUUCAGUGGAGGUGAUGACAACCUUUCUCCUCUUGAUGCAUCAUCAGCAACUGUAUUUGACAGUGGAUAUUACAAGAACUUGGUGAACAAGAAGGGUCUUCUCCAUUCUGAUCAAGAGCUUUUCAAUGGAGGCUCAACUGAUUCUCAAGUCAAUGGUUACACCACCUCAUCUUCAACUUUCUUCAAGGACUUUGCCAGUGCCAUGGUGAAGAUGGGAAACAUAAGUCCCCUCACAGGCACUAGUGGGGAAGUUAGGACCAAAUGUGGAAAGGUUAAUUAGGGUUUGCUGUUCUUUAGUUCACAAUGAACUUUUAUCUUAUAAUAUAAUCUUCUAAGUCUUUUUUUUACUGGUGUUGGAGCUAAAUGCAUGCUCAGAAGUGGAUCUGCAACAGAUGAUCUCAAUAUAAAUGAAGUGUCUACUCUUUCUUCGCUUUGAUUUUUCUUUAAUUGUAUUGAGUGUCCCAAUCAAAUAAGCAAUGAGCAAAAUUUAGAUUCAAGAUGCACUUCACUGGACUUAACAAGUCCAAGGUGCAAUAUGCUUUAUUAUAA